AUGUCGUUGCUUGAUGCUGCCGGUCUGAUGACAGGUGAUAUAUGGUUGAGUGGGACUUUCAACUUUGACUCGCCACUGAAGGAUCUGCUGGAUUCAGGAGAAUACACAUUGGAGCAAUUGCUUGCCGAAGACGAACUGUUGCAAGAAUUGAGGGGAGUUCAUCCUCAGCUGAUUGAUGUUCUGGAGACUGAAAAAGCUGUUACGGCCCUUGUGAAAUAUGUCAUAUUGCCACCAUCAUCGCCACAGGCAGAGCCUCUGUUCUUAGCUAAAAAGCCCGAGGACGAAAAGGAUGGUGAAGUCAAAGAAACCCCAAAGAAAGACAAAAAAGGCAAAGGAGAUUCAACAAAAGCGAAAAGCGAACAAGAAAAGAAAGAUGAUCUAUACAUCAGAUAUCCAUACAUGGCGUGCGAAGUCAUCUGCUGUGAAAUAAAAGGGAUUGUUGAUACUAUUGUGGAUGGUUUUGUACCAGAGGGAAUGGGUUCCGCUAACGAAGACGGCCCAAGACCGCAACGGAUACUCGAUCUAUUGUUCUCGGUGUUGUAUGAUGCUGAUGUAGGACAAUUCGAUGACUACCGGGCAGGAUAUUUCGACAAGGUCCUUUCGGUUCUCUUCCGAAAAAGACCGCAAGCCUUGGGUGAAUACAUAAAUGAAGGUGGCGGCAGAGGAGACACAGUUCUAAUGAAAGCCAUGAUGAAGCAUCUCUACUCACAUUCACUUAUGCAGAUUGUGCAAAGACUCCUCUUGCCACAACCUCCGUUGCCAGAAAAGGAUGAGGAUGGGAAUCCAAUUGAUGACUUGUAUGGAGAUCCUUUAGAUAUGACGGAUAUGGAUGGAAUGGACCUAUUUCGAUGUACCUGGCCAGAGUCAGAUUUUGCGUUGGAGUUGCUAUUGGAUUCUUUGGUGGGAACCGAGGAUGAGGUAGCUGUGACAAAGGAUCCAGAGUCGGAAGAGAGACAGCUGAACCAAUAUCUAAAUGCGUCAGAAGUGUUGAUUACGAUAAUUCAGAACUCGCCUCUCACGUCACCAACACUGAAGGUCCUGACAACGGACCCUGUUUUGAAGAGAUUAAUUAUUGCUGCUUCUUCUGUGAAAGAAGGCGGAACCUUUAGUCCACAUGACAGCCGCGUAACAUGUGCCAUGAAUGUGUUGGAGAGUCUUAUUCUGCAACUUGGAGGCUACGGGUCGGUGGGUCUGAUGUUCCCGGAAGAGGAGGAAGAAGGACAAGAGGGCUUCACUGACCAAGAACCCCAAUACGACAUGGCAACAACGGAAACUCUGAUAGAGCAUCUUCCAAUGUUGCUCUCGAAUCUCGCUAUACUAUUGGAGUACCCAGAAUCCGAUAUUUGGGUGUCACCGAUGCAGUUUGCAAAGACUGAACCCCAGAAGCUGUUGGGCUCUUCUCGACUGCGAAUUGUCAGACUGCUAGAAUCGCUGGUAUUGCUCGGUGACCCUGGUGUCGAUGCUCUGCUUUGUUCAUCAAAUUGCAUGGAAAUCUGUUUGGACUUGUUUUGGAUGUUUCAGUGGUGUUCGAUGUUACAUCAAUCAGUCGCAAACUUGCUUGUACAUGUUUUCGAAGGGCAGAACUCUAGAUCUGAACUUCAAACAUAUUUCAUCAAAGACUGCAAUCUACUCGGUCGCCUGAUGGACUCGUUUUGGGCUGGGGGGAAAGGUGCAGGGUCGGAUACGAAGCUGUCAGAAGCUGGCAAGGCAACGGAGGCUUCAAGUAUUCCGCCGCCCUCAGCAGAGAGUGAAGCAAAGAGUUCGUCAGAAGUUCUACCGGUGUCCGAUGAUGAUGUUCAGGCCAAUACAGAGAGCAGUGCGGAAGAAAAGGCUAAUGAAGAAAGCGAAAAUACACGAAGCGAAUUGGUAGAACAUGCUCCGGCACAGUCAUUCCGAUUGGGUUACAUGGGGCACGUCAUCAUUAUUUGCCAAGCAUUGGUUCACGCGUGUACAAACCAAGAUGUCAACAGCCAGGAGGCAAGCAUUGAAGGAGAAAACCCGGAUGCAGACCAUGAGCCUGGCGAGGUUACUGGAUCAGCAGGCGGUGAGGAGCAGGGAGAUCGUAUGGAGGUCGACAACGGACCACUGGUACUUGCUGAAUUGGUGGAUACACAUGAAUUGAAUGAAAGAUGGCAAGACUUUGUGACCACAACCUUGGCAUCGGAAACUGCGAUACAAUCGACACCGCUUGGAGGAUUCCAAGGAUCUCCAGUUGGAAAUGAUUUGCAUCCGCAUCAUCCCGGAAUGGCAGAUGAUGGUGAUUUUGGGGACGAAGAAGGCGGAGCUCCUUCGCUUCCAGCAAGAGGUGUUCUUGUUGGUGGGGAUACUAUUGACAUGGAUGAUAAUGAUCUAGAUGUUGCAGCGAGCAUGAUAGCUGGACUCAACAUAAGACGAGACGGCGAUGGCGAAGGUACAGACGCCAACAAUGCUAGAGAUUACCAAUUUGAUGAUCCACUUGGUGAUGGAAGGUUUGGAAAGUUCGAUGAUGAUGGAGACAGCAGCAGCGAUGAAGGAUCUCAGGAAACUGAUAAUACAGGAGGCUCUGGUGGUGCUGCAGGCGAUGCUCCUGCCCCUCCAGUGAUGGAUCUUUUUGCCGGGAAUUUUGAUCUCGCUGACCAAAAUAAUGACCAAGAACCUCCAAAAGACUUUGGUGACUUUGAUAAUGCUUUCGCAAACUUCGACGAUGCUUUUGCAGGGGCAAAUGGCGACAGCACAGAUGGUGGGUCAGGGUUUCCAAGUGCUCCAAAUAGCGACCCAGCUGACGUUUUUGGUGAACGAAAAGAUCACGUUGAGCUUCUGGACAUGAACAUUGGUGAAUCUCCCGAGAAGCAUAUCGACGAUGAUGAUGACGGAUCACAUUCAUCGGCAUCGUCUGAUGAAGAAGCAGCGAAACCAGAAGAUGAUGGGCCAGCAUCAUAG